AUGUGUUUACAUUUUCUUUCUUUCUUUCUUUUUUCUUUCUUCCUUCACUUUACGUGCUUCCUUCUUUUUUUUCUUUCUUUGCUAGAUCGAGUACAUAUUUAUCGAUCUGUCCAGUGUUUCUUCCGUUCUUUCUUUUUUUAUUGCUUUCUUUUUUCUUUCUAUCUUUUAUAUUGUUCACAUGUGUCCUUCAUUCUUUCCUUCCUUCCAUCUUUCCUUCCUCCCUUCACUCAUUCAUUUUUCUUUCUUUCUUUUUAUUUCUUUUUCGCGUUUGAUCUUUAUUUUGUUCAUAUCUGUUUACUUUUUCUUUCUUUCUUUCUUUUUUCUCUUUCUUUCUUUCGAAAGAAAAAGAAAAAGAAAGAAAGAGAAAAAAGAAAGAAAGAAAGAAAAAACUUUCUUUCUUUCUUUUUUCUCUUUCUUUCUUUUUUCUUUCUUUCUUUCUUUCUUUCUUUCUUUCUUUCUUUCUUUGAAACCUUUAAUUUUAUUCAGAUUUGUUUUCCUUUUUUAUUCUUUCUUUGCUCUUUCAUUACCUGCUUUUUUCUUCAUUUCUUCUUUCAUCUUAUCAUCUUAUUUAAAAAAAAAAAAUCUUUCUCUUUAAUCUUUUCUCGGAUUAUCUAUCUAUCUAUCUAUCUAUCUAUCUAUCUAUCUAUCUAUCUAUCUAUAUAUAUAUAUAUAUAUAUAUAUAUAUAUAUCGGAAGCAGAAUCAAUUAUCUUGACAAUUUGUUAUUGCUGCUUUUUUUAAUUUUUUUUAUUAAUCUCCUUCUUCUUCUUCUUCUUCUUCUUCUUCUUCUUCUUCUUCUUCUUCUUCUUCUUCUUCUUCUUCUUCUUUAUUCUUCAUUUUUCUACUCAGCAUUUAUUUUAUGGGCCGUGUUUCUCCAUGAUCUGGACGUUCACGGCUUUAUAAGACUUCCUACCCUUUAUCAACACUAUCUUCCAUUUUCUUUCCCAAUCAUCAACGCGGUCACUACCGCCUCUUUCUUUAUUCUCCUCAUCCCCACAACAUCCCCAAUCAUCAUCAUCAUCAUCAUCAUCUUCUUCUUCUUCUUCUUCUUCUUCUUCUUCUUUGACAAAUUCCCAUUUUCAUUUCUAUUUUCUUGCUACCAUAUUAAUUUAUACAUCACUUUCUCUUUUACUUAUGUCUUUUCUUUCUUUCUUUCUUUCUUUCUUUUAUUCUUUCUUUCUAUUCCGUCGCCUACAAUACGUCUUCCUUUUUAUUCAGUUCUCUUUCUACGAGUUAUAUCCGUCUAUUUUCUUUCCUAUUUUCUCUGUUCCGUUUUAAAGCAUUCAUCCUCGCCUCUUUCACAUCACCGCCACAAUCAUCAUCAUCAUCAUCAUCACCAUCAUCAUCAUCAUCAUCAUCAUCAUCAUCAUCAUCUUUCCCUCCUCCAACAUUUUUUCUUACCCAUCUCUCACCUCUUUCCUCCCCCCCACCCCCGGCGUCUCUGUUGUCGUCAACUCACUUCUUUUUUUCCUCCCUUUCUUUUUCAUAUUUAA